UACUGUAGCGGGUGCACUCACUCAGCACGACCACAGCGCCCCCUACUGUAGCGGGUGCACUCCAGCACGACUGUAAUCGAUGUUGCUGUCAGUGCAGACCAGGACCGCGGCAAGGACAGUUGCUGCCAGACAAUCCGUUGUUUGGUUUACCUGUCCGCUCGUGUCUCCACACAUUGUUGUCAUACGCCUGUGGAAGGUGAGAUGCAAAGGUUUCACAUCUCGCGCCUGUGCAGGUGCCGAGCUGCCAUGACACCGCUGUCAACCUGGGCAACACUGGGCAACACUGGGCAACACUAAACUGUUAUUUGUCAAAUUGUUGGGACAUUCCUCAUUUUCUCAGUUAGUUUAUGAAACGAUGAUUCACGGAGAAGACAUCGCUGUUGACGUUUACACGAGUUUGUUGGUGCACUCGCCUCCUGAGGCUGUUUGUUGCCAAAACAUGGAGUGUUGAGGACCUGUGAGGACUUGUUGACACUACUGACACGGACUGACUGGCUACUCACUGCUGAAUAUCUAGACACUCAGCCAGCGGGGUCAAAGGACUUACCACUCAGGUCAGACUGACAGACAGGACACUGAACAUACUUUAUGCAAGCAUGAUGUUGGAGAGGUGAGUACUGGCCAGACUACUGACCACUUGUCGAAAGCCACCUUCUGGUGAUUGCAGCAGACAUCGUGCCAUGGACCCCUCCUUCCGACUACUGGCUGAAGGCAGUACGCUGGCCCCUGGGACCCCUGUCCCUUACGACUCCAGUCUCAGCCACACAUCCAGCAAGUCCGGACUCACUGUCAUGAGCGUCGUGUACGGGGGCUUUAACGGCUAUGACGUCACCUCCUGUGACAUCAUCAUCAGCAUUAUCCAGGUGGUGAUGGCGGGGUGGAUCAUCGGCUUGAACAGCCUCGUGCUGGACACUCUCAUCCGCCUGAACGGCCGAAAUGGAUCACGUGAUCCAACUGACGUGCUGCUGGCCAGUCUCAGCAUCACCGACAUCCUCAGUGGCGUCUUCAUUCUCCACACUUGCAUCUACUCCCUCAGCAAAUACCAGAACACAACAGAGUGCCUGGUGCGAAUGGCUGUCUUCCAUGGCGCCUUGUACAGCUCCAUCUUUCACCUGAUCAUUCUUACCUCAGACAGAUACAUCAAGAUCCUCUUUCCCUACAGGUACAUCAGCUUGUGCCGCGGGCGACUCCUCGUCGGCCUUCUCCUGGUCACGUGGACAGCCGCCGGCGUGGUGGCGCUGGUGCCGAUGUUGCUGUGGAGCAGUCGUCAUGACGACCUCAACCCGCCAUGCAGCUUCUUCGGUCUCCUCAAGGCCGACUACCAGCGGCUGAUGGUGUCGCUGUUCAUUGCGCCCUCCAUAGUCAUGGUUCUUGCUUACCUGCACAUUUUUAAGGUGGCCAGGCGUCACUCUCGAGCGAUCACCGCGCAUGACGUGGGCCUGAGGAUGAAAGAAGGACACACCUGGCGCUACACCAAGACCAUGCUGGCCGUGGUGGGGCUGUACAUUGUGUGCUGGACACCAGCAGGUCUGCUGAUCAUGCUGAAUCUGGCAGGCUGUCUGUCUGGCUACACGGUGGAGGAGAAGGGCAGCCUGCUGCUGUACGCCUGCAUCCCCGCCUUCGGCAACUCGCUGGUCAACCCCGCGCUCUACGCCCUCAAGAUCCCCGCCGUCAGGCGGCGCUUCAGGGCAGUCUUCUGUAGGCCGUGCAUGGCCGCCCACCCCGUGACCCUCACUGACCCCACCUGCACCCUGAUUGCCAGCCUGCAUCACCGAGUACAGAUAUAGCCAGCAUCCUCUCCUCCUUUGUGAUUCUUCGCUUAAUUAAGAACAAAAUUGCGUCCCUUGGUAGCGAUGCUAGCGACACCUGCUACAAGAACUACUACUAACAACUACUGCUGAACAAAGUCGUCGCUGGCACCGUUUGUCCUUAGAGGGAAUGUCUAUGUAGUCGAGAUAUGAAAAGACUUUCGUCCAAGAAUAGGUUUUUGUCUUUUAUUCACGGAACUGCUGAGGCGAGACGAGCUCGGGAGAGUUUGAGUACACAUGGCAGAUGAAUGCAUCUUUAAAGGACAACUUGCACAAAUUUAAACAGCAAAUCCACGAGCAGAACUCUGUAUUUAUUUAGAAUCCAUAAAAUUCUUAUUCAUAAAUAGAGAAAAAGUUAAAAGCAGACUUACACAUGAAUAUAAACAUGACAUCAACAUGCUCAUGUUCAGAAGACUUGCUCACAAAUAUACACUUACAUGUUUGACAAGCUUGCAACAAUAAAUUCUCACUCAAAUCAUAAUACUUUGAUAACAAACAGAAUUAUGUAUAUAUCCACAUCCAUUCAUAUUCCUUAGUAUAAAGACAUUGGUGGACAAUUAAUUUACAGAAAAUAGCAUGCAAGCUCACUACAAACAUACAGCAAGCACAUACUCAAGGGAAUUCACUUUACUUCGUAUUUGUCCUCUACAUAACGGUUUACAUUUUCUUUCACGCUAUUCAAAUGCAAUUCAAAAUUACUUUAAAGCCACAGAUUGUGUAACUUCAACAUUUCUCAAUUUCGUUUUGUUUCUUUCUCCGAAAAGGACACAGAGCUAUCUUUCAGAGAAAGAAACAGAUAACAUGUUGUCAUGGAAACUUAUUUCUGUUUGCAAAAGUGAAGCAACUCCACCAAAGAUUGACAGUUGAGCCUCCAUAAAAACAUCCUACUAACUCUCAACUACUUUUUAAAGCAAAACUUUAUUGACUUACCGAAGAUUUCAUGUAAUGGCCAGGCUGCAGACCGCAUAUGUACUGAUGACGAUACUUAACAUGAGUGGCAAUACAAACCGACACGCAAUAAUCUUACAGGUUUAUUGUAAAAUCAACAUUCAUUGUUAAUGUCUGUGCAUUUUUCUUUAUUUUCUUUAUUAUUUUCAAAGCACGUUAAGCCUGCCUUUGAUGUGGGUGUAAAGUGCUAUAUAAAUUAACUUUAAUAAUAAUAAUAAUAACAAUAAUAAAAUUAAUAAUAAUCUCAGAGUCAAGUAAAAACUGUCCUUGUCCUCCUACCAACUUCUUCCAUGACUGUAAAGAAACAGGGUCUCAAGCAUAAGCUGACAGAAGAAUAAUCUAAACCACCUAAAGUGGGAUUUUGUAGAUGCCCCCAGUUUCCCCAAAUGCAAGAAAACAGUUUUCUAAAUAGUCUUAAUUCAGUCCAUUUGUAAGAGGGAAUGAAACACCCUAGUUUGUAUGAAGCUCAUCAGGCAGAGCUUGCACUAUCAUCUUCCAGCCUGUCAGACAGUCUGUGGAUUGGAUAAGGUGUUUCAACAGUGUGCAGCCAUUGCGACAUGUCACAAAGAAAUUCUGUAAGCCUACAUAAUGGUGAAUGAAAGGAAAUUAACAGUAGCCUAAAUAUCCAAUAUAUUUAUUUACCUGUGUGAUCUGUGCAAACAUCCAUUCAACAGACCUUUUGCAGUACAAGCUCUGAUCAUCAGCCUUAUGUGCCAGUUAGAGUGACUUACAUGACAAAUGUUAAUUUAAAAAUAACUAAAAUAUAAGAGAAGAGCAAAGUUCCAUAAAGGUAAAAUAUGAGCUAGUAGAAUUAUAUAUGGGAAUAAAAUUAUUGAUGGUAAGUGUGUUCUGUGGUGAAUUUGGAAUGGAGAAAACUGUGGGUUAUCAUUGGAGUCAAGACUUUUAGGGGUUUGACAACUAUAUUGCCUUUCCUUGAAAUGAUCUGAACCAAAACAAUAACCUUUUCCAAAGACAUCAGAUAGUUUAAGUUGGUCAACAUCUUUUUGUUAUUGUGAAAUUCAUCCAUAAUUUGCCACUGUUGUAAUGAUAGUUUGAGUAUAUUAUAGUAAUAGCCUUAUAAGACUAUAGGUACUCAGGCGUAUCAAACCUGAGUGCUAACACCUCAUCCCAAUGGCGAAUGCCUUAAAUGAUUAUACUUUCACAAAUUUCAGUGGGUUCAUCAUCAGAUAAGUGAGAAUCCAUCUCACAUUUUCACAGUACAUGUAUAAUGAUCACAGUCAUGUUAGUAUUGACAGUGACGAGCAGUAGUUGUAGCAGACGGCUCUCAACUACAGUCCACUUAAUGUAAAUUGAGAAUAAAUACAUAGCAUCCCUCUCUUUGUAUUUUGGGAAGGUGUGGAAAAGCUUUCCUUUUGAGCUUAAUUUAAAUUUGGUGUUGUGACAGUUUAUUGCAGAACAAAACUGUCCACCUUGUCUCACGAUCCAGUUUGCUGAUUGCACCAGGUUCUGUUUCUUAACAUCAAGU